AUGAGGCCGACGUCCUCGUCGGCACCUCCGAACGGCCAUGAUGGCACCUCGACGUGGUACCAGCACGCGCCGCCCCGACCACCGCAAUCGCACCGUCAGCCUUCACCGAACUCGCCACAGCUGACGCCCAACUUCAACGGCCACGCCCCUCCCCACGCCAUACAGGCUGGACCGUCUCGUCCCUGGCUCGGUCCGAACCCGACUCCGAGCUCGGGCUCUCGACCGCAGCGAUUCGUUGCGCCGCCGGCUAUCCAGCAGCCGCAUCACACCACCCUCCCCGCUCGCCCUCAACAGAAUGGCUAUCAGCUGCAAGCCCCAGGCAUGCAGCAGCAAGCUCAGCAGAAUCACCCAAGCCUUCCUCCCUUCCAGCAGAGAGCUUCUUUGUCUUUUCCGGCGCCUAUGGUCUCGUCGCCUCUCCCUGCGUUACCCCAGGGGGAUCGGCUGCCGAAUCCAUACGAGUCCCUGCAACCAUCGUCGUCGCCGUCGCAGUGGAGCGGCACCUUUGGCGCGGCACACGAGGGUGAUUACGGCCGCCACGCAAGCUCCCGACGACAGUCGUCCGGCUUCAGCGCCCACUCAGAACGAGCGCAGAACAUCCCGCUACCCACGACGCCCUCAGCACAUGCCGCCUCUCUCUCGCCGUCGCCGAUGCCUCCGCAGCGCUUCGGGUCCGGUUCGUCGGCGAGCGAGUCGGCCAUCGGCAGAUCAGGUCGUCAGUCGUCCGCAACGUCCGCGACAUCGCCGCAGACCAACUCGAUCCAGCAGGAGCAUGAGUUCGACGAUUGUCCUGGGUGUCGGGCCGAACUGGACGAGGCGCUGGCAGCCUCGAUGGCGUCGGCGCGUCUGGACGAGGAGCGUAGGAAGCAACGGGAGGCCUCUGAGAUGGAGAAUCUCUAUGCCAUCAGCGCUAGCGAGCAGGACGCACGCCGCAGAAGAGCUGAGGAGGAGCGGACGAUGCUCGAAAAGGCCGUCGAGGACAGCAAGCGAGAAGCCGAGCUCCUCUCUAAGGCGCGCGCCGAAGAGGAAGCUCGGAUCCUGGAGGAAAGCCGGCAAGCGGCCCAGCGCGAGAGCGAAAAGGCGGCGGCCGAGGACCAGAUGCAGAUCGAGGUGGCUCUCCGUGCGUCUCAAGCAGAGGAGCGGAAGAGGGCAGAGGCGCUCGAGCAGGAGCUUGAAGCAGAAAGGGCCGCCAUCGCCGAAAGCAUGAGGCAGCAGGAGGAGGAAUGGCGGCGACGUGAGAGCGAAGAGAGAUCGCUCAUCGCCUUCUUCGAGCACCAGUCGAGACGACGCGAGAGCGACGCCACCUGCGAAGGGUCCUCGAGGAUGGCGGCCAACGAGGGCGUGCAAGACGAUCUCGAAGACUCCGAGGCGGAGUUCUGGAGGUUUACCGGGCACAACGAGGCCUACGAUCUCGCCAAGAAGAUGGAGCAGCAGGCCGCCGCCUCCUCUCAGUCUGCCCCAUCCGAGCCAUCUCGUGCCCGCCCAUCCAUCAGGCGUCCCUUGCCACCCGUCCCGGGCCAGGCGCCUCUCGCAACAGCAGGCGCGCCCGCUCUUCCAACGUCACCUGCCAUGCCGGCGGAUGCUGAUGAUCCGGUUCCCUUCAGCAUCAUCCCGCUCGAUGCACCGCCGCCGUACGAAGCCGCUGCCGCCGCAGAUACCUCGUUCGCACAUAAACCUGGUGCCAGCGGCCGGGGAAUCAGCGACAAGAUGACGCAAUCCGCGACUCCAUCAUCGACAGCCUGCCGGACGGAGCUGAGCUACCUACAGAGUCCUUCAGCGUACGACUUUGAUCCAAAUCUCCGAGACGAGGCGCCGAGCCCAGUGGAUUCGUUCGCCGGACCUAGCCCAGCUCAUACGGCGUCCAACAGUCGGGUCAGCUCUCCCGCCGUCGAAGCGGCGUUGGAUUUCAGCAGGAUGACCGGUUUGCCCGUAGGCGGUCGAGACCGACGCCAUUCCUCGGUCUCAAUCAACCGGCACGAACGAGAAGCGCUCUCGACGCCGCCACAGCCACCACCGAAGCAGGCAGACAGCACUGCUACCCCUUCUGUAGCUGCCGGCAUAGUUGCCUCCGCUCUAGAGGCUUCACCAGCGCAUGAGUCCCCCGCGUCACCACAACGCACCUCGACCGGAGCGGCGCCGCUCGUCGCGUCGCCUUCGCCUCAGCAGCAGUCGCAGGCCUCUCGAGGCAAAAAAGCAAUCGCUGGCGUCGAUUUCGGUUUUGCAUCGCAGCCGUUUGCGACACAGCUAGAGAAGGUUCACGAGCCCGGCGAAGGCGAGACGGCGGCCAAGUACUAUUUCCCCAACGCUCUGCAGCUCACCAGCGUGACCGCACCUCGCGCUGUUGGCACCGGCAGCGCAGGCAAUCGAUCGCCGGCCGUCGUCGGAACCCGCGGCCCCUAUUUCGUCGUCCGCGCCCACUCGUGGAAGAGCCUGCUGCGUGCUCUGGCAUGGUACGGCAACACGAGGAUCGAAGCUGGACCGGAAGAGGUGGCGGAUGCCGCCUCGGCCGCGACGUCUCACGACCGAUCGCGAGCCAAGUGCUUCCUUCGGGUCGAGAUCGAGUUCGUCACGCCGACCAAGGCCGAGAUGGGCUACGGAGUCGGCGAUUAUGCUCGAUACGCGCAGAACACGGGUCUGAUGCCACGGACGGGCCCCAACAAGCCUCCGGCGCACGUGUCCAUUUGCAUGUCGCUAGUCCCCUCGCCGGCGGCCGCGCGCGCCUUUCACCAGAGCGCAGCGUACAGGGCAGCGCAGAGCGAGUCGAAGCGCCUGGAUGCCUUCUACGCCGGCCGCGGGUCUGCCAGGAGGCUCAUCUACCUGCCGAGGCAGCCGCCGAGCCUCCCGCUCCCCAUGGUGAAGCUGGCCCAGCAUCUGCACCUCGCCCACACCUUCAGCGCUGCCUGUCCCACUUCAAGCCACACGGCGCGUCACAGCCCGCGCGACCUGCACCACGCCAUUGAGCGUCACGACGAGGGCUUCAUCAAGAAGCAGAAGGCGCUGGCGAGUGCCGGCGCGCUGCUGGCGUCUGGGUCGGGCAGCGGCGGCACCAACAACACAGCGUCGAGUUUGAGCCUGACGACGACCAAGACCAACCAGUCAUUUGCGAGCUCGAUGUUCCACCGCCCUUCGGUCGACACCACGGCCACAACAGCAGAGGGUCAUUCGUCGACUUUUGAGCCGGGCCCCAGCAAUGGCAACGAGAGCCACGUCAACCUCAUGGACUCGGAGCACGAGGACGAGGUCGACUUCAACAACCUCGCCCUCGAGGAUGGAGGGAUCGAGCAGGUCGAGGCCAUGGGGAAGCGCGCCAGGCUCAAGGCCAAGAUGAAGCGGAAGCUGGGCAAGAGGCAGGGGGAUGGCAACGUCGUCGACGAGGAUCUCGCUACGUGGAUCACGCCCUUUGAUGUCGACGAGCACGAUUAG